GUACGGCGAGAGGAGCCGGCCCUUCACCGUGGCACACUUCGGUGGGGAGGAGAACCCCGAGCUGCCCCAGCAGAUCAGCCUGGCCGUGGGCAGGGCAGCCCUGGGCUAUCACUCCAGCAGCUCCUCGGACGAGGAGAGCUUCAGCAGGGAGCCCAGAGCCAUCCCCACCGUCAGCAACCCCAACAGCAUCUACCAGUUUGGCGACUUCUGCCCGGCUCCCUGGUGGCAGUACCUGCACAGGAAGCCCCACCUGGCCGAGGGCUCCCACCCUGGCCAGCACAGGGGCUACAGGAGCUACAGACCCACGGCCGCCUUCGCUGGCCCUCGGGUGGACAGGUACCACUGGAUCAACACCAAGAGGUAGAGCCGGGGCUCCUCGGCGCCUUUGGAGCCCUGAUUUCGUGAGGGGGUGAAGGCUGGCACUGCAAAACCUCAUAAAAAACAGCACUUCCUGUCUGAUCCCCGGCUCUGACUCUGUAUUUGGGAAUAUUUUUGGGG